AUGAUUCUUACGGCUUUCAAACACCUGUUGCUGACGGGCGUGGUCGCCGCGAUCGUCGCCCCGGCGUUCGCCGCCGAGAAGGUGAGCCUCACCUCGCUGCUGAGCGAGAUGACCGAUCGUGACGCACUGGCCCGCUUCCCGGAGAAGGACGGCCGCAAGGAGUACGUUCUGCACGACGAGGACGGCCCCGGCGCGUUGGUGCGGUUCUGGGCGACGUGGCACGGCCCGGAGGGCGGCCCGUUCAGCAACGGCACGCUGCGUGUCUACAUCGACGGCAAUGAGAAGCCGGCGAUCGAGGGCUCGGCCCAGGAAGUGAUCGACCAGGGACUCUUGGCCGGCGGUCCGAUCUCGCAAGGCGUCUCGCCGCAGACCGAGUACGCCCAGCGUGGCCACAACCUCUACCUGCCGAUCCCCUACGGCGAGGCCCUGUACUACCAGAUCAACUACCGCACCUACGACACGGACGUCGAGGUGGAAUCGUUCACGAUGGAUCGCCUCGAGUUGGCCAAGGGCAAGGUCGAUGAGGCCAACAGGAAGCUUGAGGCCGCGAAGAUCGAGGAGACUGGCCUGGAAGUCGUCGAGGCCGAUGGCGAGAUCGCCCCGAACAGCUCGCUCGAAUCGCUGAAGAUCAGCGGACCCGGCGCCAUCCGCUCGAUGCGUCUGAAGCUCGACGCCGAGGACGUCGAGCAGGCCCUGCGUUCGACCGUUCUUGAGAUCAAGUUCGACGGCGAACCGACCGUCUGGGCGCCGGUCGGCGACUUCAGCGGCAUGGGCUACAAAGUGCGUGAGUUCAAGACCUGGUACACGGGCGCCGAGAAGGACGGCACAAUUUAUUGCAAGUGGGUGAUGCCCUUCGAGAAGGAGGCCGUCAUCACGCUGCACAACGUCGGCGACCAACCGGUCACGGUCGCGUCGGCGGAAGUCAAACACAGCGACUGGGACUGGGACGACCGCUCGAUGUACUUCCAUUCGACGUGGCGACAGUACACCGACGUCGCGACGCGCGGCGACAAGGAGAUGGACGGCGAGAACGCCUUCGACGUGAACUACGUCACCGCCGAUGGCAAGGGCGUUUACGUCGGCGACACGCUGACGCUGUGCAACGGCGCCCCCGCUUGGUGGGGCGAGGGUGACGAGAAGGUCUAUGUCGAUGGCGAGUCGUUCCCGUCGCACUUCGGCACCGGCACCGAGGACUACUACGGCUACGCUUGGUGCCGUCCCGAGUUCUUCACCGCGCCGUUCCACGCCCAACCGGAAGGCGGUGGUAACCUCGUUGGCGGCUACUCCACCAACAGCCGCUACCGUUCGCUCGAUGCGAUUCCGUUCAAGAAGUCGCUGAAGUUCGAUAUGGAAAUCUGGCACUGGGCCGACACGAAGAUGAACUACGCCCCGACGACGUUCUGGUACGCCCGCCCGGGCGCCGAGAGCAACGUCGAGCCGGCGCCGAAGGACGCGGCCCUGCCUGUCGCUCGCAUCAAGACGGACGUCGCCCCGGCGUUUCGCGUCGAGGGGGCCAUCGAGGGGGAAGACCUCAACGUCGCCAAGAAGAGCGGGGGCAAAGUCGAACCGCAGGCCGGCGGUUUCGGCUGGAGUAACGAGCAGCAGCUCUGGUGGAUGGACGGCGAUGCCGGUGACAAGCUCGUCCUCGAGUUCGACGCCGAGAAGGCCGGCAAGCAGAAGGUCACCGCCGGCAUCACGAAGGCGCCCGACUACGGGAUCGUCAAGCUGAGCGUCAACGGCAAGCCGGCCCGCACGCUCGACCGCUACGCCGAAACGGUCGGCCACACGCCGGAAGUGCUGGGCGAGUUCGACCUCAAGGACGGCGUCAACGAGUUGACGGUUGAGAUCGUCGGCGCCAACCCGAACGCGAUCCCGCGGUGGAUGUUCGGGCUCGACUACUUGAAGGUCGAAUCGGCCGACUGA